UUCCACGGCGGGGCAGCGUUUCCACACAUCGACGAGUCACGGCAUUAAGAGAGAAUUGAAUUAUCAAAUGUGAAGUCGCUCCAAAGCUAUAAAAGUGCGUGCGCACGUGCUGCCUCGCGAGCGACGCGCGAGACGCAAGGAGGCUUAUUCCCGCGCUUUUGUUUGUUUGUUUUUUUUUAAAAAUACACAGCCCAAAGUACUGACUACUCCAAAAGUUUUGCAAUGGCGCCAGCACCUGUGAGUGAUGCUGAGGACUGAAAAGUGAGGUUUAAAAUGAACACAAAUGGCAGCAUACUAGCGAACAUUUCCUCGCUCACACUCAGCCGUCCUCCGUGGCUUUCUAGCACUCUGGGGAGCGUGCUCAUCUUCACCAUCGUGGUCGACAUCCUGGGCAACCUGCUGGUUAUCUUCUCCGUCUACAGGAAUAAGAAGCUCAGAAACGCAGGGAACAUAUUUGUGGUGAGCCUGGCAGUAGCAGACCUAGUCGUGGCAGUUUAUCCCUACCCACUGGUGCUGAUGUCUAUUUUCAACAGUGGAUGGAACCUGGGCUUUGUACAUUGCCAAAUAAGUGGCUUUCUGAUGGGACUAAGUGUCAUUGGGUCCAUAUUUAACAUCACUGGCAUUGCUAUAAACCGGUACUGUUACAUUUGUCACAGCCUCAAGUACGACAAGCUCUACAGUGACAAAAACUCCCUGUGCUAUGUCGUCCUAAUCUGGAUCCUGACUGUUGUCGCUAUAGUGCCGAACUUCUUCGUGGGCUCGCUGCAGUAUGACCCCCGGGUGUAUUCUUGCACGUUUGCGCAGUCAGCCAGUUCAGCCUAUACCAUUGCCGUGGUCUUCUUCCACUUCAUCCUUCCUAUAUUGGUCGUCACCUAUUGCUACCUGAGGAUCUGGAUUCUGGUUAUCCAGGUGCGAAAGCGUGUCAAGCCUGAGUUCCGAACCAAGCUUACACCACAUACAGUGCGGAAUUUUGUCACCAUGUUUGUAGUGUUUGUGCUUUUUGCCAUCUGCUGGGCACCGCUCAACUUUAUCGGCCUGGCCGUGGCUGUGAACCCAGAGCGGGUGGCGCCUCUCAUCCCAGAGUGGCUCUUUGUAUUCAGUUAUUUCAUGGCCUACUUUAACAGCUGCCUUAAUGCCAUUGUCUAUGGACUGCUCAAUCAGAACUUUAGACAAGAGUACAAAAAAAUCAUCAUCUCAUUUUGCACUGCUAGGAUGUUCUACCCAGACAGCUCUAAUGAUGCUGUAGACAGGAUAAAAAGCAAGCCGUCCGCUUUAAUGUCAAACAACAACCAAGUGAAAGUUGACUCUGUGUAAACACUUAAAAGGUUGGGCCACCGUGAGCAAGAAAUACUCCAAAUACCCAUCUGGACCCCUUGGGACUGUAUUUGGUAUUAUAUAGUAAUAAAUAUAUAAACAAUGUAUUCAGACAUACAGGGUGUAUGAAUUUUCUUUGACAGGUUCUUUUUAAAUGGUGCACUGCAAAUAUCCUGUCUCAUGUUUACAUUUCAUAAUGGGGAAAGAUAUAUUUAUUUAUCAUGACAGUAUUUAUUUAUAGAUAUUCUAUGGCUAUCAGUUUGUGCCCAAAUGUCAUCUCCGAGUAACAAAAAAAUUGAAAAAAUAUUUGAUUUAACAUAUAACAUUAUGCAUUUGACAUUUGAUAACUUUGAAUUGGACGCCUUACUGUCUCUGCUCACAAAAGAGGUUGUCUAUAGCACACGAAAACCUUUUUUAAGCCUUGGAGCUUACCAGAUAAUUGUUGUUUGGCACUAAAUUUUUGUUCCAACAUACAACACUCAGCAAGAUUAUGCUACUUUUUUGAAUACAAAUAUAUUGGUGAACAAAUUGCACAUGCUUUGCAUGUUUUUGAUUGGGAACUUUUAUAUUCCUAUAACUUCUGUGUAUGUGCCAUAGUAUACAUAGUAUACAGGGUGAUUCAAAAAUGUCAGUGACAUUUUUGUGGUGUCAGUGUCAUAUGACACCACAAUACUGUAUCACUCGAGUGGAACCAUCUAUGCGCAAACCUUUCUUCUUAACUCCAAACUCAAACUGGUAGCCAUUUCACCAAAAAUGACAACAGUACUGUAAAGAAAAGAAAACUGUAAAGAAAAAUGCUGCAAGUAUGUGUGUUUAACAUUGUUUUUUUUUUUAAUUGCCCUGUAUAUGAAUAAAAGAGCUGAAAUAAACUAAAGCUUGACAGGAGGGUGAAGUAAAAGUGCUGGAAAUAUUUAUCAUGGAAGACUGAAAAGGUAAAGCAAUAUUUUCAGGUCAUAUGGAGAAUUCCUAUGAUCAAAAUAUACAUGGUGAUAAUGAUCUGUUUGUAUUUGUGCAUGCUCCAAGUUCUGUGUGCAAAACACCAUUAUUGUGUCACUUUGCUUUCAGAAAUUUUAUACAUCACUUUAUUGUUUACAUAAAGCAACAUGACUGAACAUAUUUGUUUGUCUGUCUUUGAGCUGUCAAAUGUGAGUUUUACUGGGAUAAUUUGAAAUUCAGUGUACAGCUACCUUUCGAACAAAGCAACACAGGGUAUUCAUUUUCAUAUUCUCACUAGCAUAAUUAGAAGAAUAUGUUCAAAUACAACUGGGAAUAUAGGAUUCUAAUUAUAAUGUACUGAUUUUAUGAUGUGUAUGCCAUUUGUUAGGUUGCCAUAUUCUUGUAUCUUGUCAUAUUCUCAUAAACUGCAAUCCAGCAUUGGUUUUUUUGCUCUAAGUCUAUUUUGGCAGACAGGAAAACCUUUCAAAUGGCUUGGAUCACCUGAGCAGAAACAGAUUUCUGGGCCAAAUUAUGUGUUCUACAGAUUUUCUUAUCACAAUGAUGCCUCCUGUAGGUUGCCUUGAAAAAUUUCCGGUUUUCCGGAUAUCGGUCAGCAAUAGAAUGAGAUGUUGAGCUAGGUUUCUAUCCAUGCAUGAUUCUUUCAUAGAAUGAUUCAUCCUGUGCAUCCU